UACAUAUGCUCAGGCCAAGAGGCACGGAGAGGCACACAUGCGACGUGUCGAUCCGCUCCCUCUCCAUGCCAGCGCGACAUCGUCAUGGCUGGUUGAGCUGAUGGGGCUUGCGCGGCACCGUCCAUAAUGCCAGCUCGGGGUCGUUCCCCGGCUCCCAGCCUUCCGCCUGUCCUCGAUGAGACUACAACCGUUCCCUUUUCCGAUCUUUUCAAGAGCGGCUUCGAUCCUGCAGCCCUCGACGCUGCGACCCAGCUCGCCGAUCAAAACAUCUUUGUCGCAUCCGACGGGAGCCGCUACCGAAUCGAGAAGAUCCCAGACGAGGACCCCGUUCAAGGUCGCGUGCCUUCCUCAACUCCGAUUCCUCCUGCCGCUGCACGACCAGCCUCUCUAUACACGUCGGGUUCUACACUCUCGGGAUCGCCAGCUUCUCUUCCCCCGCCGCAGUUACACGUACAUGCCCCUCCUGGGACCGCCCUGGGCUGGGGACGGUCUGCGUCCAAUGCUAGCUCGUACUCGCGCUCCUCCGGCGCAUACUCGGCUCGAUCUGGGUAUGCCGCGGCCGCUGUCCCCGGGCCAGAGCCAAGAGCCUCGAUCCACGAAGUUGCGAACACGAUGGCGCAUCUCAGCGUCAGCGGUUUCAGCGCAAGGCCGCUGUACGGGGAGUCGGACGGCGGAGUGCAGGCGGCGGAGACCCUGACAGAUCCCGACAUGGGCCCCAGGCCACCGAUGAGCCCAGCGAGCCACAGCAGUGAGCUGGCCUCACCAAGGGCAUCAUAUGCCCAUCACGAACAGCCAUCGCAUUAUCUGGCCGCGUCCUGGGGGCCGCACGACUACCCCAGCCCAGGCGCCGCGCCUCAGUACUGGACCAACGUCAACUAUGCUAGUUACACAACGCAGACAUACGCGCACCUUCAGAGUUCGCGACAAAACGCAACGGCAACGACGGGGCUCCCGUCGCUCCUAGAAGACGCUACGGCCCUACCGCCUCCGCAUCGAGCUUCCGACCCGAUGUCGCCUCGCUCGACCCUCUCGCCGGGAUCACCAGAUAAGGAAGUGUGGGAUGGGCGAGGGGCUGCGGCUGCGGAUGGGUACUCCUAUAACCCGCUCCACCCUUCCAUAUCGGCGCCGUCGUUCGUUGGACGACAAUCGAAUUAUGUGAAUACAGGGAUGGGCGAUAUUGAUACUCUGACUCCUGUGGUUGUGCAUCAUCAUGCUCACUCUACCGCGAGCGACGGAGCAAGUACGGGGCGAGAUAACGUCUUGCCAGGGGAAGAUUUGGUGUUUGAUGGACCCGUCAAAAGUUCUCAGACUCUCACAUCGCCGGUCUUUCGAGACGGAGUGUUGAAGGUGUUUCGAAACACACUCGCCGGCGGUCUCAGAUUCCAUUGCAAGGUCGAUUACGAGUCGGAGACAUAUCGGAUGAAAGCAAGCAAUGCGCAACUCAUCCCCGCCUACGCCUACGAUCAGCGAUUUCCCAACAUCGUGUACAUCCGCGAUAAAGAAAACGACAACGCCAAUGGGUAUAUGCAGGAGAGCAGGCCAAGUGGGAUCUAUCAGUUCUCGAGCCUAAAAGAGCUCUUUGACUUUCAAGCCAAACUCACGGGCGAAAAGGUCGUCCUGGACAUCGGCAGCGUCCGCAUGGUGACAGUCGGCAAAGCCAGCAGCCGGUCGAGCACUCAAUUCUCAAGCGCACGGCUACAGAUUUGGCACGAACCGGAAGGUCGGCGGACCGCCCAGUCGGAUGUGGCGUCGUUCGUUACGGCUGGGACGGCACUGUCGGGGCCUCUGAGGGAGAGGCUUGUGGCAAGCACCUCGAGGCUGAUGCUGUAUCUGGGGCGGUCGGGGGGAUAUAUUACCCUUUUUAUCACAGAUGAUCUCGAGAUCAAAGCCGAAGGGCAAACACUGGUUAAAAUAAAACCUAAGAAAGGGGGGAUGCCGUUUUCGAGAAAAGGAUCGCGUUGGCAGUGGGUCAAGGCGCACCUUGAACCAAACCAAGGCUCUGAGUCAGCAGGCCUUGAUAUCCACGGAAAAGCCGUCGAGGUGGACCUCGGGUCGGAUUACGACUCGUACAAGACGUUUGAGAUUGAGUUUGAGAACUCGCCGAGACAACUUUCUGCGCAAAUGGGACGAAGUCAUCCGCGAGCGCCGAAGCCAGCGUGCACGGCUCAACCAUAUACAAGAGGACAUGGAGGCGUCGGUGUUUACGGGGCGUCAGGCACGGGGCGUUUUUAUGUGAACAGAGCGAUGAGUUGUUUUGUAAAUACUCCGUGAUAUAUGGGAUCUUUGGUGGGGGCCAUGUGAGCGUAAUCGAAAAAGGAAAAUCUAUCAUGUUGUUGUCCGUUUGUCGUUCUUAGCCCGAGGCAUGGAACGCGGUGGGUUGCAAGGCAGGAUCGAGGGUCGGCAGCUAAGAGCCGUCCGAGCCGUGCGUGCCGC